AUGUCUACUACAAAAUUCGAGACUCCCUCACACAAAAUCCACAUUUGUCUUUGGUUCGAGAAGGACGGCAUCAAGGCCGCCGAGCACUACAUUUCCCUAUUCAACAACUCCCGCAUAAUUUUCAGCGACGAUACGCUGGUCUCAUUCAUUAUCGACGGACAGCAGAUAACAAUUCUGAACGGUGGUCCCCACUACAAGCUCUCACCUGCCGCGUCCCUAUUCAUAGUUUGUGAUGGCCAGGAGGAGAUCGAUCGUCUGUGGACGGCAUUGACGGCAGAUGGUGGCAAGGAGCUCCAGUGUGGUUGGCUCACCGACAAAUUCGGCGUCUCAUGGCAGGUUGUACCCGGCUCUCUGUUGGAAAUGAUUAACGACCCCGACGAGGAGAAGGCAAAGAGGACGCGUGAGGCGAUGCUGAAAAGCGUCAAGUUUGAUAUCCAGACCUUGAAGAACGCCUAUAACGGGAGCGAUUAA